UUGGUGUUACUCUUGCUUUCAGAAAAAAGAAAAGAAGGUUAAAAACUCAAGUGGAAAAGAUGAGUUACUAUGAUUCCAAACCUCAACCAGCCCCCGUUAUUGCUCCCCCUCCUCAGGGUUAUGGUGGUUAUCCUCCACCUGGAUAUACAGCACAAGGCUAUCCUCAGCCUCCUCCGCCGCCUCAAGUAAUUUAUCAACCUCCUCCUCCACCACCACCACCAACAGAAACACAGUCUAAAUCUAAAUCCAAUAAUGGUUGCUUGCAAGGAUGUUUGGCUGGUCUUUGUUGCUGCUGCUGUAUGGAGAUUUGCUUCUGAAAAGGGUGCUUCAUUUCAUACAUUUGAAUUUGAUCUUGUAGUGUUUGCUGUCAUUGAAUUGAAAUAAUCA